CAUUUAUGACUCGUCCCACAGCAGCCAACUUCUGUUUUGGUCUCUGAGUUGUAGAGAGCCGUCGCGGGCAGAGCACGAAGCUGACGUGGUUUCCCCCUCGCGCUCCUUUUUAAUGUCUUCAGUCUGGUUUAAGAAGCAUUUUUUGAGAAGCGGAUCCACAACAAACCCAGGGAAAGCCGAGUCCCUCGGGCGGGGGGUGAAGCAGCAGCUGCCAGCUGCCUCGCUGUACAGGAGGCCCAAGUUCCUGCGCGGAGUCUGCUCCGGCGAGAGACUUCCAGGCAGGCGGCCUAUUUACUGCCCACCCCGGGACAGGCCACUGCAGUGGAGGACGGGCUACGCGGAAGUCAUCAAUGCAGAGAAAUCAGAGUUCAAUGAGGACCAGGCGACAUGCUGUCAGAUAUCCAUCAGGAGGAGGGAGACUGGCAUGGAGGAGGAGCAGGACUGGAUGAUUCUUUGCGCCAAUCAGUAUCUGGCUGGUUAUUACUGGGCCCUGUUUGAUGGCCAUGGUGGCCCAGAUGCAGCAAUAAUCGCCUCCAACUACUUGCAUUACUGCAUCAAGCAGAAGCUGGAGGAAGUAGUGGAAGGCAUCACUGAAGCCCAGCCCCCCAUGCAUUUGAGUGGCUGCUGCAUUUGUCCCAGCGAUCCCCAGUUCGUGGAGGAAAAACAAAUCCAGCAGGAAGACGUGGUCAUUGGAGCACUGGAGAAUGCCUUCCAGGAAUGUGAUGAAAUAAUUGGUCAGGAGAUGGAAGCUACUAAUCAGUCAGGAGGCUGCACUGCUCUGGCUGCUCUCUACCUACAGGGAAAGCUCUACGUGGCUAAUGCUGGGGACAGCAGGGCGAUCCUUGUUCGGAAACAGAGCGUAGUGCCUCUGAGCAGUGAGUUCACUCCAGAGACAGAGAGGCAGAGAAUCCAGCAGCUGGCCUUUCUCUGCCCCAAGCUCCUGGCAGAUGAGUUCACCCGGUUUGAGUUUCCUAGGAGACUGAAAGGCGAUGACGUAGGCCAGAAGGUCCUGUACCGGGAUUACUCCAUGGCUGGCUGGGGAUACAAGACAGUGGAGAAAGCUGACCUCAAGUACCCUCUUAUCCACGGCCAUGGGAAGCAGACACGCUUGCUGGGGACCCUGGCUGUGUCACGAGGGCUGGGGGAUCAUCAGCUGAAAGUUAUUGACACGGACAUUGAAGUCAAGCCAUUCCUCUCCUGCAUCCCCCAGGUGAAAGUGUUCGACUUUGCUUUGCAUAACAUUAAAGAAGAUGAUGUCCUUGUCCUGGCAACUGAUGGCCUUUGGGACAUUCUGUCCAAUGAAGAAGUGGCCCAGACUGUCAGGAGCUUUAUUGACAAAAACAGAACAGACCCAUACAGGUUUUCAGAACUGGCCAGGUGCCUGGUACACACAGCAAAGGGGAAGAAGAAUGGCCAUCAGUGGAUUUUGGAUGACAACAGCCCGGCGUCCUACGAUGAUAUCUCUGUCUUUGUGAUCCUACUAUACAACAGGGAUGAGGACUGUUAGUGUGUGUGUGUGUAUAUAUAUAUAUAUAUAUAUAUAUGAUUCACAUAUCCAUGUUAUAGGUCAUUGAGGCCUAGUAUGAAUGACAUGUGCUUGACAUGAAUGCAUGCAUUGCAAGUUAGCAACCAAAGCAAGGACCUAAGGUCAGGGUCUAUUAGAUCUCCAUACAAAAACAAUUUUAUGUUCUGAGGAAAAAUAUGGAAAGUCAUCAGAAAAGAAAAGAAAACCAGAUGGACUAUGUAAAAUUGUAUAAGAAGUGGAGGAAAUGGCACAUCUUGGAUCCUAGCAGCCUGCCCCGAAUUGUCUCUUUGGAAUUGUGCGGGUGGAAGGCCUAAUAAACAAAGGCAAAGAACUGAUAACACGGAAUGGACAAAAAAUGGAUGCCUAUGAUUUCUGCAAAUCAGAGCUGUUUAUUGAUCCAGAGUCCCAUGUGGAUAUAGAUGUGGUUUUGCCCGCUCCCUACAGCUUAUGAUCUUAUCCUGAUGGAAGGAACCUUGCCCUAGCCCUCAGGACCACUCUGACCUUUUGACUCUCUGGUAUAGUAUGUCUGGGGGUGUGACUGUGGAGUAAGUAAGGGUUUUUUUUUGUAAUCAAUGAAGAGCAUUUAGAGUAUCAUAUACCAACCCUGGGUCUGGUAUCUGCUUGCUCCCUAUCCCAUAGGGAGACUUCUAGUGUGGGUCUAACAUUAGCAUCAUAGAGAAGCUCUAGAACUCUAGCAUAAUAGUUUUAUAACUAAGUAGCACUAAGAGACAGGUGUACUUGAAAGAGCACAGUUGUGUGCACACUUUCCAGUAAGAGGAAGAGUUACUGUAGUAAGACAGGUACUGGAACAGUGCCAGCUUGAGCAGAAGAGAACUUUCCUUUUGCUCCACCCAAACAUACUAGCCCCCUGUACCAUUUCUGGCAUUAUACAUCUGUGUUACAUCCCCUCAUUCCCUUCUAACCUCACAAGAAUGGACAAGGUCUGAGGGGUAGUAUUGGAUGUCGAAGAACAUGAGUUGUCCUUUUCUGAGGCUAACCCAAUGCAUGAUUUAAGUACACUACUGCAGGGUCAGGCUAAAAUGGCGUUUCUCAGUGAGCCAAUCCCCCAUGAACAAGGUGAUAAUUAUCUCUGAAAGAAGUUAGGUACAGUUAAAAACCUCACAUAAACAAUAGAAAAACAUCUCCAAGGGAGAAACAACCAGCUUAUUGUGCUACCAACUUCCUGACAGUACCUGUAUUUAACCCUUUCAGGAGAAGCCAGUCACUUACUACAGUUGCUUUUGUUCUUUAAUUCACAUGGAUUCCUUCUUUUAAGCAUUCUCAGAGCUUGUCUACAGCUAUAUCACUGUAGCACUUCAGUAUAGAAUCUCUCCCAUUGGCACAGGGUGGGUAGGGAGCUCAUAAGUUUUAUUUCUGGAAAUCUAGGGCUCAAGCAGACUAAACAGCUGAGUUGUUUUUGGUGAAGGUUUGUAUACACGGCUGCAUUCUAUGAGUGUUUGUUGUCAGCUAGAGAUGGGUUCAUACCUCAUGUAUCAGGAGCUGGAGAUUUACAGUUCACUGGAAAAGCAGGGAAGCUGCUGGGAAGAACUGUAGUCCUAGGUGUGGGAACCAUGCAUAUAUGAGGCAUCCAGGUGCUGAAGCAAUAGCACCAAGCUCCUCCAUAUCACUAAGGUGCCCCUACAGCCGAUGCUGUUUGGUAAAGGAGCCCUGAAUAAUCCAAUACAACAACAAAAACUUCAAAGAUGCACAAGUAGUUUCUUGUAUAAAGACAUACAUUGGUCAGUUAUUUAAGAUAAACUUGAAUGGUAUAUUUUGCAAAUUUAAUGUUCAUAAUUUAUGGACUUGCAUAUAGAUAAUUAACACUUGCUUAUAACAAAAGAGCAUUGUUCAUGUAACCCAGGCCAAUAUAACCUCAGGACCUUGAGCUUUCAUCAGAUGCAAGUGGCUAAGCUGGUUCAGUUAGUACAUGGAUAAAAAACCUCCAGGGAAGACUCAGGCUGCUUGGAGUAGAGGUGAUGAUUAAGAAGGUGGUGUUUUGUCACUGAAUCAGUGCAAAGACCCAUUCCCGAGGAUGGUAGGAAGAUAGACUAUGGUAGUGGAAGCACCAUCUUUCAGAGGUGACAAUACUUCAAUAAUUGCUUUUUUUAAGCUCUACAUCUAGGAUUCAGCUCAGAUUUGGGCAACUCUUUGUCUUGCUGCUUUAGGAUUAUCUAGCCUAAAUUUCUGUGCACUCAAAUAGAUUGUGCAUUUCACAACCGUAACUGCCAGAUUUCUGUGACAAAAAGUCUCAGAUAUACUUUGUUUGUAGAGUGCUUUAAGCUCCAUGGGGAUAAGAAGCUAACUGAAAAAAAUAUUUCUGUACAGAUUCCUUCCACAUAAGAAACCUGUUAAUGCAUCACUUCCAGUUCAACGGCCCCUCCUUUUCAUAUCUUUAACCGCCCUUUCAGAUGUAGAGCAGGACAUUGGAGAAUUGCACAAGCAGUGUUAGGGGUUUUCCAUUAGCAGACAUGCCUUACUUUUGCUACAAUCCAUAAUAGCUUGCAGGUGAAUUCAGUAGGGAAAUUUAUCUUGAGAAGUUGUUGAGAAGUUGUUCUUUCAAGCCUGCUUAUGGACAGCCAUGGCACCACAUUUGCUCAUACAACUUUAUGUAAUUAGAUAGGCAGGUUAGAGAAGUCAGAGAAUAUAAAAAAGAACCCUUAUUCCAGACCAUCUGAACAAUGUGUUAGGAUAGGUAAGAGGCUCAGAGAAGCCAUACGUAGGGGGAGAACUUUAGUAAUAAAAGAACUGGGGAAAAAAAGUUUUUUCCGGUUUCUCAAGUAACAACAAUAAAAUUCACUUAAUGGUUUAACUCAGAUCUAACCCUCAUUAGCUUAGUGCAAGUCUUUGUCCUUCUCUAGCAGCCGGACCAUAUUAAGAGGUUUGUGUCUCCCACUACAUUCAAGCCAAUAGACCUUUUGCCAAUAGAGCAAGCAGUUGGGGCUCAUGCUUUUAAAUCCAGGUCACAGGUUCAAUCCUAAACAAUCACCUGACCAGGGUACAGUCACACACAGAUGACCAAACAAGUCCCAGUACAAAACUCAUGUCUAGUUAUUCAACUUACUGGUAUAUUUAAGGGCAAGAAAAGCGUCUUUUAACAGAUGGUUAGUAUAGCAAUAGCAUAAGAUGUCUGUUUCCAUUACCAAAACCCUUAUAAUUAGGUAGAACAAACUCUUCAGAGGCAGGGAACAUUUUUAAAGUUAUUUUAAAUUAGUUUUCCCCUCCCCUACAAACAGUAAAUAAAUUUGCACAGUAAAACUAAUCAUCAAGUAGUAAAUACAGAAUCUACAUUACUUAAAAAAAAAUUGGUCUACAAAAUAUUUAUUUGGUAACAGCCACAACACUGAAUUUUCCACAUCUGCAGUAUUUUAUGGCAUCUCAUAAUUUGACAUUAAUGUAUUUACACUCCAAUAGAUGGUCACCACCUAAAAGUUAAAUUCACAAAACCAAGUUCACAACCAAAUAUAUAGUCAAUAAGACAGCAGUUGCAAUGGACAGCCUCUCACAGGCAAACAGGAUCCCAGCCUGCUACUCAGAAAUCCUGUUGCAGAUUGUUAAAGUGCAAAUAUAGCCAGAACUGUGAUCAGAAAAGAGAUUGUAGCUUCCCUAUUUAUUCUCAGUUGCUUCUUAUCAAAUCUGAUUAGAUUAUGAAUCAACGCCACAAUCCUGCAAAUUUUUGUACACAUGCAUCAAUGGCAUUAUUCACAUAAAGUUAAGCACCUGUGUUAUAUCUGCAGGAUUGGGGUACGGACAGGAUUUUUUUUUUUUUUUAAAAUAAAAGAUAAAUUGCCUCCUUUGCAAUCUUGUAUAUGGAUCUGAGAAGAGGUCAAGCUGAGCCACUUUCUACUCCUAUUACUGACACCACCAGUAAUGAAGAUUCGCAAUCCAGCUCACUCUCACUUAUCAACUCUGCAGGGCCAAUGGGAGUCAAAGUGACAGGAUAUAGCCACGGAGCUCUCACAGUAGGCUGGGUAAGGUGAUACUAUUUUUAGAGGUUCUAUUCUGAUUAUACCCAGUUUCCCCUAAAAGUACUGAAGUGUCACUCCUAAUAUUCUUUAGUUUUCAAGCCCUGCAUAUUCCUUGAAAGCCUAUUUCCCAGUCUUUCAGUUUGUUCUAUGAAAGCUAAUGAAUGCAACUGAGUGUUUUUUUAAAAGUUUCCAGAUAAUUGUUUUGGCACAGUUAGCUCUCUUUCCAUUUUUCCCUAAAACCCUGUCAGAAACCCUGAUCGCUACAUUAAGAUUAUGAGAGACUCAUGCAACAAAGAAAAUCAGUCGGGAAGAAGAAAAAAAAAAAAUCUAGUUCCCUAAAGACAAAAUACUACCAAUUUUACAUUGACAAUCAGUGCUGCCUUGUGUCUGAUCCUGCAAACUUCUCUUGACCUGAAAAUGUGUGAUGUUUCUGAUGUGCAAAUUCUUUGAUCACCAUUUCUGCCCUCUAUUGUGUUAAAUAUUCCAUGCUGCACAUACACAGAGGGUUUCAACACAGCUGGAUACAGAGCACAGCCUUAUGAAUAGUGUUUAGAGCAGAUUUGCAAGUGGCACUUCUCAGAAGAAAAAUCUUUUGAGUCUCUUCCCUGCUUAAGUAAUAUCUGGUGGGGUCUAACUGUUCAUUUCACACACUUAAGAGCACCUUUGCAAAAAACUGAAUGAGUUUGCUUCAGGUUAUCAUUGUUUCAACCUCAAUUUUAUUUUAUUUUUAAACCUCACCACCACCAUAAACAUGCUAAAUUAUAAACCUCUGCAAAAUAUGUCUGCUCACAGAAACGCUAAGUGGAAGCUAUAGCAUCAAACAGCCCAGAAUGCAACAAGAGCGAGCU